AUGGACUUUCAAUUAAAAAUUGAUCAUCAAGCGGCAACUUUGAGUUCUUUUUCAUUUCCAGCACUCAAUUUAAAACCGCUAUUUUCUAUUUCUGUAGCAUCUCAAGAGAUCGCGAAGCAAAUUGUACAUUCAACACCAUCAAUCGAAAGUAGGACCAUUAUUGAGGAGCUGCCGACAAGCUCUCUUCUAGAAGACAAGCCCAACACUCAUCCUAAUACUUUGCAUAUCGAGGAGGUCAAAAAAAUCAUCGAGCUUCCAGAUGAGGGUGCUGACAAAAAGUUGCAGGGGGACACUGACAAAUUUGACGAUUCCACUAAAGUUGAAGCAAUUCAAACGCCCGCUGAAAAUACAUCCCUUUCAAACGACAAAGUACCUAUCGUGGGAAUAGCAGAGGAUGCUGCUUUGAAAUUCGGCUCAAUUACCUUAGAAUCAAUCAAUGACCCUUUAAAGAACAAACCAAAUCCCUUUGAUCAAAUGCAUGCUUCUAUUUUCCCGAAAUCUAGCCCUAUCUCUUCGGUAUUCACUUCCGCUUUAAGUUCAACCAGUUUACCUGCUGAAAGCCAAAAGAUUGAGAUGCAAACCAGCCUUAAUGCCUCAGCACCUAUAUCCAGUUCCACCUUUGGUGCUUCUUCGUUUGGAGCACAAUCUUCCUUCGGAAAUACCACAGCACUUGGAACUUCACCAUUUAAUAACUCCUCCUCCUCUUCUUCUUUCCCUUGCUUUGGAGCCACCACAUUUGGAACUUCAUCCUUUGGAACUUCGGCAACUGCAUCGAACCCAUUAAAUUACGGCGGUUCUACAUCUUCUGCCUCAUUUUCAAGAACACCAGUCAGUAGUGAAGGAAGCCAAUUCGCGGCCUUAGCUUCAUCACAAAAUUCGACAAUAUUUUCAACCGAUAAUUCAGAAAUUACCUUAGCACCAUUUAUUCCAUCGCAUACUAUCAAUGUUGCUAAAGAGGUACAGAAAAAUCCGUCAAAUAAGCCAUCGUCUGGUUUAUUUACCAAGUUCAGGGACUAA